UCCAGUCGUAGCUGCUCAUACACUACUAGCAGUCGCCGCCGCAACGAAUGGAGGCGAACGGGUGGAAGAGACAUCACCAAGGAAUUGCUUCGCUAUCAAAAUAGCUCCCCCUCGGAUGUAACGAGGAUUUUUUUUUAAAUCUGAAGAUAUUUCAGCGGGCAAAAGAAACGCCACACUUUUUUUUGUGAAAAAAGUCGAAUCGGUUCCCCUUUCUUCCUGACGAGAUCGAUUGCCUGUCAUUUAAAAAAAGGGCGUGUGUGCGGAGUGAAGGCAGUUUUAACCAUUUAAUGUAGGUAUAUAGGGUAUUUUAGACAUUUUUUACACGGUCUGGGUCUGAAGGACACAGUCGAGGAUGGGAUGCACACUGAGCACAGAGGACAAGGCGGCGGUGGAGCGCAGUAAAAUGAUCGACAGGAAUCUGCGGGACGACGGGGAGAAGGCAGCCAGGGAGGUCAAGCUGCUGCUGCUCGGUGCUGGUGAAUCAGGGAAAAGUACAAUCGUCAAGCAGAUGAAGAUCAUCCAUGAGGCGGGCUACUCAGAAGAGGAAUGUAAGCAGUACAAGGCUGUGGUCUACAGCAACACUAUCCAGUCCAUCAUCGCCAUCAUCAGAGCCAUGGGGCGCCUCAAGAUUGACUUUGGCGAUGCCGCAAGAGCUGAUGAUGCACGACAGCUGUUCGUGCUGGCGGGCUCCGCAGAGGAAGGCUUCAUGACAGCAGAGCUGGCCGGUGUCAUUAAGCGGCUCUGGAGGGACGGAGGUGUUCAAGCCUGCUUCAGCCGCUCCCGCGAAUAUCAGCUCAACGACUCGGCGGCAUACUACUUGAACGACUUGGACAGGAUAUCCCAGGCCACCUACAUCCCAACUCAGCAGGAUGUCCUGAGGACUCGGGUCAAAACCACGGGCAUUGUGGAGACGCACUUCACAUUCAAGGACCUGCACUUCAAAAUGUUUGAUGUUGGCGGUCAGCGAUCUGAGAGGAAGAAGUGGAUCCACUGCUUUGAGGGUGUGACCGCCAUCAUCUUCUGCGUGGCCCUCAGUGACUAUGACCUGGUGCUGGCUGAGGAUGAAGAGAUGAACCGGAUGCAUGAGAGUAUGAAGCUGUUUGACAGCAUCUGCAACAACAAGUGGUUCACAGACACCUCCAUCAUCCUCUUCCUCAACAAGAAGGACCUGUUUGAGGAGAAGAUCAAGAAGAGUCCUCUCACCAUCUGCUACCCAGAAUAUGCCGGCUCCAACACGUACGAGGAAGCAGCUGCGUACAUCCAGUGUCAGUUUGAGGACCUGAACAAGAGGAAGGACACCAAGGAGAUCUACACCCACUUCACCUGCGCCACGGACACCAAGAAUGUGCAGUUUGUCUUCGAUGCCGUCACCGAUGUCAUCAUCAAGAACAACCUGAAAGACUGUGGUCUCUUCUGAGGAUAAUGACGAUGAAGACGACAACCCUUUUUUCUUGGCAGUGGAGCCAGCUUAUUGUGCAUCUUUGGUGGGGAAGAUGAGAAGAGUCGGGAGGAUCAGUCACGGACCAGUGCUGUACUAUAUGCCACUUUUAACAGCUUUAUUUAUGUUUUUGUCUUGGAACAUUUUGAACUAGCGUUACGACAUUUGUGUAGGAUGUUUGUAUCAUUGUAAAAACGUCACAGCAAAUUUUCGCACAUUCUGUUUAUUUCCUGAUUUGUUUUUUUUGGUAUUGUUUUAAAUUUUUGAGGAGAAGGAGGAGAUCGUUUUUUUGCUGUUCCUUCUGCCGCUGUCUCUGGAAAAGGAAACUUUGCUAUUGAUGGAAAUGCUUCUUUUCUUCCUUCCAUACAACCAAAAAGGGAAGAAAAGAGGUACAACUUUGAGUCCAGUUUGUUGGUACUUGUGCCUUCGCAUGCCUUUCACUGCGGUCGUAGUCCUAAUGCUUGUUCUGUUGCCUGCUGAAUUGUUCUAAACAUAAAGAGGUAAACUGUUUUCAUAUGUUAGUGUCCCUGCUAUCUUCUAUGUGCACACCACUGAGCUAUCAGGACGAGGAGGAGGAUUUCCCUCUGGUCUAAAGGUACAUGGGUCUCCAUGGUGACCAACAUGUAGCCUCCACAGUCCCCUACCCCCACCCCCACCCGCCAUGACAAUGGAAGAUCACACAGUACAAUACUGAGAUGUAUAUUGUUACAUUUACCCCACAAAUCUGGGGUUCAGGUUUUUAAACAGUGUAUAAAAUAUCCAUUCUUCCCAACCAUUCAGAAAAUGGUUAGUCAAGGCACUGAGCUUAUAAUACGCUCAAGUGUUAAAAGUACAAAGACCAGAGUAGGCACAUUUUACUGUAUAUUUUAAUGUAUUUGGUGUUAAGGAGAUAAAAAACUGAACCACACAAAAAGAUGGUUGUAAAGGUAAGGAUGAGGUCUGGAAUGUUUUGAGUUUCAGAUGCCAUUCUUGGAUCUUAUCCAGUGAUGAUUUGGGAGUAGAGGUGCUGCUUGAGGAUCCUUGAAAACUUUCAUUCAGGUGAUGGAAACAAAGACGGUCAAGGGAAGCCUGAUCUGUGAUUUUGAGAUCAGUACUACUUUGCCAAGAAGAGUGGUGAUAAAUACGAUCCUGGAUCUGUUCAUAUAAAGAAACUGCCACAACUGUCAAUGUAUGUGUAUGUUCUCCACGAAAGGAGAAUCUUUGUAGACUCAUCUCCCUUAUUUUGCUAAUAAAAACCAUUUACAAACAUG